AUGCUUCUUAUGCAAGAUCACAAUCCAUUUGAUUUAGAAUACGUUCAGCUACGUAAUAUUUUCAGUGGGAUAGUAGACAGUCAACACAAGGUAACUGCAGUUGAUAUUAAGUUUAUUGAACUUCAAAUCCAAUCCAAAUUGACUGGAAAAGCUUUUAACUUUGUUACCAUGUUUAAAAAAGAUCAAGCUGUCACAAUGAAGAUUUUAAGAAAAGGAAAACACUUAGAAGCCAAUGGCCACACUGUGAUUCAUGCUACAGAUGAUGCUGACACACUGAUUGUAAAAACAGCCCUGACCUUAGCAAAAGAAAAGCACGUAACAGUUGUUGUUGAUGACACCGACAUUCUGGUACUUUUAAUUUACCAUAACACACGAAAUAUUUGCUUGCAAUCAUCUACGUUCAGUGAUAGAAAACGUGAUAUUAAAUCGAUGCAACAUAUACUUGGUGAAAAUGGGUGCAAAAUCAUUCUCUUUUGCCAUGCUUUAACCGGAUACGAUACCACAAGCUCCUUAUUUGGAAAAAGUAAAUCGGCAGCAUAUCGACAUUUUUGGAAAUGUGAACAAUUUAGCAUUUGCGCUACUUUGUUUGGAUCAGAAAAUGCAAACAAAAAGGAACUUACAGCCAUUGGCACCAAAGCAUUGGUAUCGUUGUACGUUGGAAAUCCAAACACAGAAACCUUAAAUCUACUACUUGAAAAAAAUCACAACUGCCAAAAGUUAAUUUAA